AUGCGCACUUCUGACUGCGCCCUUCCCCCACUCCCCGCAGCCUCCAUCCUCCGCAGCCCGCAGCCCGCAGCACCCGCGGAUCACCGCAAGAAAGAAAGCUCCAGGAGUCAGGAGGAGCGGAGAGAGCGGUGUCUGCGGGGUCCGUGCGGAGUCCUUGCGGGCGCAGAGGACAGAGCUGCUGCUGAGGAGACGGAGCUGGAAGAGGAUGGGAGGGGCGCACACACGUCAAAACACGCACGCGCACUGCGAUACUGGGUCAGGAGGGAGGGAGGGGGGGGGGGGGGGGGCAUUCACCUGAGCCGCCAAAAGCCUCCAGCCCGGGUUGCUCUUAUUGUGACGGUCCUGGGCGGAAGUGCGGUCAGUGCGGAGCGUGAUGGAGCCGUGGAUGCAGGAGAGGCUUUGACUCAGACCGCGGGGGCUUCACGAUGCUCGCAGCCGCUCCAGAGUAGACCCAGGCCGGCCACACGCACACGGACUCCGUUUCCCAGAAUGCCAGAGCAGAGUAAUGACUACAGUGUGGUGGUGUUUGGAGCCGGAGGAGUCGGGAAGAGUUCACUGGUGCUUCGCUUCGUCAAAGGAACAUUCAGAGACACCUACAUCCCCACUGUGGAGGACACGUACAGACAGGUACACAUGGUACUGCACAUGGUACUGCACAUGGUACCACACACCUACAUCCCCACUGUGGAGGACACGUACAGACAGGUACACAUGGUACUGCACAUGGUACCACACACCUACAUCCCCACUGUGGAGGACACGUACAGACAGGUACACAUGGUACUGAACAUGGUACCACACACCUACAUCCUCACUGUGGAGGACACGUACAGACAGGUACACAUGGUACUGCACAUGGUACCACACACCUACAUCCCCACUGUGGAGGACACGUACAGACAGGUACACAUGGUACUGCACAUGGUACCACACACCUACAUCCCCACUGUGGAGGACACGUACAGACAGGUACACAUGGUACUGCACAUGGAACCACACACCUACAUCCCCACUGUGGAGGACACGUACAGACAGGUACACAUGGUACUGCACAUGGUACCACACACCUACAUCCCCACUGUGGAGGACACGUACAGACAGGUACACAUGGUACUGAACAUGGUACCACACACCUACAUCCCCACUGUGGAGGACACGUACAGACAGGUACACAUGGUACUGCACAUGGUACCACACACCUACAUCCCCACUGUGGAGGACACGUACAGACAGGUACACAUGGUACUGCACAUGGUACCACACACCUACAUCCCCACUGUGGAGGACACGUACAGACAGGUACACAUGGUACUGCACAUGGUACCACACACCUACAUCCCCACUGUGGAGGACACGUACAGACAGGUACACAUGGUACUGCACAUGGUACCACACACCUACAUCCCCACUGUGGAGGACACGUACAGACAGGUACACAUGGUACUGCACAUGGUACCACACACCUACAUCCCCACUGUGGAGGACACGUACAGACAGGACACGUACAGACAGGUACACAUGGUACUGCACAUGGUACCACACACCUACAUCCCCACUGUGGAGGACACGUACAGACAGGUACACAUGGUACUGCACAUGGUACCACACACCUACAUCCCCACUGUGGAGGACACGUACAGACAGGUACACAUGGUACUGCACAUGGUACCACACACCUACAUCCCCACUGUGGAGGACACGUACAGACAGGUACACAUGGUACUGCACAUGGUACCACACACCUACAUCCCCACUGUGGAGGACACGUACAGACAGGUACACAUGGUACUGCACAUGGUACCACACACCUACAUCCCCACUGUGGAGGACACGUACAGACAGGUACACAUGGUACUGCACAUGGUACCACACACCUACAUCCCCACUGUGGAGGACACGUACAGACAGGUACACAUGGUACUGCACAUGGUACCACACACCUACAUCCCCACUGUGGAGGACACGUACAGACAGGUACACAUGGUACUGCACAUGGUACCACACACCUACAUCCCCACUGUGGAGGACACGUACAGACAGGUACACAUGGUACUGCACAUGGUACCACACACCUACAUCCCCACUGUGGAGGACACGUACAGACAGGUACACAUGGUACUGCACAUGGUACUGCACAUGGUACCACACACCUACAUCCCCACUGUGGAGGACACGUACAGACAGGUACACAUGGUACUGCACAUGGUACCACACACCUACAUCCCCACUGUGGAGGACACGUACAGACAGGUACACAUGGUACUGCACAUGGUACCACACACCUACAUCCCCACUGUGGAGGACACGUACAGACAGGUACACAUGGUACUGCACAUGGUACCACACACCUACAUCCCCACUGUGGAGGACACGUACAGACAGGUACACAUGGUACUGCACAUGGUACUGCACAUGGUACCACACACCUACAUCCCCACUGUGGAGGACACGUACAGACAGGUACACAUGGUACUGCACAUGGUACUGCACAUGGUACCACACACCUACAUCCCCACUGUGGAGGACACGUACAGACAGGUACACAUGGUACUGCACAUGGUACUGCCACACACCUACAUCCCCACUGUGGAGGACACGUACAGACAGGUACACAUGGUACUGCACAUGGUACCACACACCUACAUCCCCACUGUGGAGGACACGUACAGACAGGUACACAUGGUACUGCACAUGGUACCACACACCUACAUCCCCACUGUGGAGGACACGUACAGACAGGUACACAUGGUACUGCACAUGGUACUGCACAUGGUACCACACACCUACAUCCCCACUGUGGAGGACACAUACAGACAGGUACUCAUGGUACUGCACAUGGUACUGCACAUGGUACCACACACCUACAUCCCCACUGUGGAGGACACAUACAGACAGGUACACAUGGUACUGCACAUGGUAACACACACCUACAUCCUCACUGUGGAGGACACGUACAGACAGGUACACAUGGUACUGCACAUGGUACCACACACCUACAUCCCCACUGUGGAGGACACAUACAGACAGGUACACAUGGUACUGCACAGGGUAACACACACCUACAUCCCCACUGUGGAGGACACGUACAGACAGGUACACAUGGUACUGCACAUGGUACUGCACAGGGUAACACACACCUACAUCCUCACUGUGGAGGACACGUACAGACAGGUACACAUGGUACUGCACAUGGUACUGCACAUGGUACCACACACCUACAUCCCCACUGUGGAGAACACAUACAGACAGGUACACAUGGUACUGCACAUGGUAACACACACCUACAUCCUCACUGUGGAGGACACGUACAGACAGGUACACAUGGUACUGCACAUGGUACCACACACCUACAUCCUCACUGUGGAGGACACGUACAGACAGGUACACAUGGUACUGCACAUGGUACCACACACCUACAUCCCCACUGUGGAGGACACAUACAGACAGGUACACAUGGUACUGCACAUGGUACUGCACAUGGUACCACACACCUACAUCCCCACUGUGGAGGACACAUACAGACAGGUACACAUGGUACUGCACAUGGUACUGCACAUGGUACCACACACCUACAUCCCCACUGUGGAGGACACGUACAGACAGGUACACAUGGUACUGCACAUGGUACCACACACCUACAUCCCCACUGUGGAGGACACGUACAGACAGGUACACAUGGUACUGCACAUGGUACCACACACCUACAUCCCCACUGUGGAGGACACGUACAGUACAGACAGACAGGUACACAUGGUACUGCACAUGGUACUGCACAUGGUACCACACACCUACAUCCCCACUGUGGAGGACACAUACAGACAGGUACUCAUGGUACUGCACAUGGUACUGCACAUGGUACCACACACCUACAUCCCCACUGUGGAGAACACAUACAGACAGGUACACAUGGUACUGCACAUGGUAACACACACCUACAUCCUCACUGUGGAGGACACGUACAGACAGGUACACAUGGUACUGCACAUGGUACCACACACCUACAUCCUCACUGUGGAGGACACGUACAGACAGGUACACAUGGUACUGCACAUGGUACCACACACCUACAUCCCCACUGUGGAGGACACAUACAGACAGGUACACAUGGUACUGCACAUGGUACUGCACAUGGUACCACACACCUACAUCCCCACUGUGGAGGACACAUACAGACAGGUACACAUGGUACUGCACAUGGUACUGCACAUGGUACCACACACCUACAUCCCCACUGUGGAGGACACGUACAGACAGGUACACAUGGUACUGCACAUGGUACUGCACAUGGUACCACACACCUACAUCCCCACUGUGGAGGACACGUACAGACAGGUACACAUGGUACUGCACAUGGUACCACACACCUACAUCCCCACUGUGGAGGACACGUACAGACAGGUACACAUGGUACUGCACAUGGUACCACACACCUACAUCCUCACUGUGGAGGACACGUACAGACAGGUACACAUGGUACUGCACAUGGUACUGCACAUGGUACCACACACCUACAUCCCCACUGUGGAGGACACAUACAGACAGGUACUCAUGGUACUGCACAUGGUACUGCACAUGGUACCACACACCUACAUCCCCACUGUGGAGGACACAUACAGACAGGUACACAUGGUACUGCACAUGGUACUGCACAUGGUAACACACACCUACAUCCUCACUGUGGAGGACACGUACAGACAGGUACACAUGGUACUGCACAUGGUACUGCACAUUGUACCACACACCUACAUCCCAGCUGUGGAGGACACAUACAGACAGGUACACAUGGUACUGCACAUGGUAACACACACCUACAUCCUCACUGUGGAGGACACGUACAGACAGGUACACAUGGUACUGCACAUGGUACCACACACCUACAUCCUCACUGUGGAGGACACGUACAGACAGGUACACAUGGUACUGCACAUGGUACCACACACCUACAUCCCCACUGUGAAGGACACGUACAGACAGGUACACAUGGUACUGCACAUGGUACCACACACCUACAUCCCCACUGUGGAGGACACCUACAGACAGGUACCAUCAGAGACACAGACAGGUACCAUCAGAGACACGGAGAGGUACCAUCAGAGACAUGCAGGUACCAUCAGAGACACAUACAGGUACCAUCAGAGACACGGACAGGUGAUCAGCUGUGAUAAGAGCGUGUGCACGCUGCAGAUCACAGACACUACGGGGAGUCACCAGUUUCCUGCGAUGCAGCGUUUGUCCAUCUCCAAAGGCCACGCCUUCGUCCUCGUCUACUCCAUCACCAGCAGACAGAGCCUGGAGGAGCUGCGGCCCAUCUACCAGCAGAUCGUGUCCAUCAAAGGCAGUGUGGAGACCAUCCCCAUCAUGUUGGUUGGGAACAAGAGCGAUGAGACGAGUCAGCGAGAGGUGGAGCGGAGUCUGGGUGAGGCUCAGGCCAAACAGUGGAAAAGCGCCUUCAUGGAAACUUCGGCCAAAACCAACUCCAACGUCACGGAACUGUUCCAGGAGCUGCUGUCGCUCGAGAAGAAGCGAGACAUGAGCCUCAGCAUUGACGGGAAACGGGGCGGGAAGCAAACACGUGCAGACAGACUGAAGGGCAAGUGCUCCGUCAUGUGA